GUUACCUCUUCAAUUUUGCCACUGCUGCAACAAAAAAGAUAUCUGAAUCCGUUGCUGAAACAGCACAGACGAUAAAGAAGUCUGUAGAAGAAGGAAAAAUUGACAGUAUCAUUGAUAAGACGAUUAUUGGAGAUUUUCAGAAGGAACAGAAAAAAUUUGUCCAACAGCAGCAAAACAAAAAAUCAGAAGCAGCAGUGCCUCCCUGGGUAGACAGCAAUGAAGAAGAGACAAUUCAACAACAAAUACUGGCCUUAUCAGCAGAUAAACGGAACUUUCUGCGGGAUCCUCCAGCAGGUGUGCAGUUUAAUUUUGACUUUGAUCAAAUGUACCCUGUUGCACUGGUGAUGUUACAAGAAGAUGAACUUCUCAAUAGAAUGAGGUUCGAUCUGGUUCCCAAACACGUAAAGGAGGAGGUGUUCUGGAGAAAUUAUUUCUACAGGGUGUCCCUAAUUAAACAGUCUGCACAACUCACUGCGCUUGCAGCUCAACAGCAGGCAGCAGGAAAAGAAGAGAACAAAGGCAGAGAAGAGGAUAAUCAGCUGAAAGAAACAGUACGGCCAAAAACACCUCCUGUUACAAUAAAGCCUCAAAUAAAAUCUCAAGAGGAUGAGGAAGAGAUUUCCACAAGUCCAGGUGUAUCAGAAUUUGUGAGUGAUGCUUUUGAUGCCUGUAAUCUGAAUCAGGAAGACCUAAGAAAAGAAAUGGAACAACUAGUGCUAGACAAAAAGAAAGAAGAGACUUCAGUAGUAGAAGAAGAAACUGCUGACUGGGAGAAGGAAUUACAACAAGAACUUCAAGAGUAUGAGGUGGUGACAGAAUCGGAAAAGCGUGAUGAAAACUGGGAUAAAGAAAUAGAAGAAAUGCUGCAAGAAGAAAAUUAAACAUUUUCACAAAAUCACUAUAACCCAAAGCUUUUUCUGAGGACUGACAUGAAUUUCUGCUUUCAUAUUUUGCUUACAAAAAUAUCUUCAAAAGACAUAAAAGAACCUAAAAUCGUUAUAAUUCCAUAUGGGAAUACAACCGGUAUUUCUGUUCUUUAUAUGAGCAGUUUCUGAACUUCUAUAUUCUUCAAAAGAAAAAAAAAAGAGGAGGCAGACACUGCAGGUUAUAUGUCAUAAUUAAAAGUGAUAACAUUAUUACAUGAAGCAACAGUUUAGUUUGAGGCAUUUUUAGGUGGUCAAGAAGCUCUUCAAAGAGAUUUUGGAUCUAAGAAUCACUUUUUAUCUACAGCCUUCUGUUUGGGAUGUAAAAAUGGAUGCUGUAAGUAAGUUAGUCCUUGAAAAUUAUUCUCUCUUGACAUUUGCACUCUGAUCCCUGUAUAAUCUGUAAAUGUGUACUAUUUUUAAGGUACUUGUAGCUGGUAGACUUCAUGUGUAUUUAAUUUCCUUAAUGUAUGUAGCCAAAGAAUUUAGAGAAUAGCUUCCAAUGAUUUGUAUAAAAAUACUAAUGCAGACUCCAGAAGAAGCUGAUUAUUUAUCAGUCGGAUAUGAUUAACUGGUAAACAUUUAAGCAUUUACAUAAGGAUAGAGUUAGUAACUGCUUGAAUUAAAUUUGAUUUUGUUAAGUCAUCAAAUGAAGAUAAU